AUGAAGAAAUGUUUCUUUUACAUCUUGCACAUCCCUUUAUGUAUUUUCGAAUAAAAAUAUACAAUCUAAUAAUUUAUGCGAAUUUUGCAUAAAAUAUAUGGACUUGUGUACCACCGUUAAAUAAUCCUCUCAGUAUAACUGGGUGUACUGGCUAGCUAGCUAGGUAAUUUAUCUUAGCUAACCUAGUGGCUGCAGAAAUGGAUAGAGAAUCUGAGCAAACAUCUCAAAAUGACACUGAGUCCUCAAUGAGCCGACACAAACCAGCUUCAAGUACAACACAGGAUAUUUCUCAUCUAUUAGCGAGCAUAUUCCAAGACCUUUACACUACAGAGGUUAUUGGAAAAAACACUGUUGCCAGUCUCACCAAGUCACGCAGGGGCGAUAACAACUGCCAUGACAAAUAUGUGGAAGAGCUUCAGCAGGUCCAUUUGAAGUACAACAGGCGCAUUAGAGAUGCUGAUAUGCUGGAGAACCAUAUCAUCCAGGCCAGGCUACAGGCUGACACUAGAGAGCAUUAUGUACAGGCUCAGGCCCAGGAGGUGGGGGAAGGCUACCAUCACCUGGGCCUACCGCCAGUCAAGUCGCCCUUUCCGUGGUGUGUGGACAGCACGCUGCUCAAGAGUAACAACUUGAUUUGCCCCCAAGACUACAUAACAGAGCUAGUUCCACUUAUUAAUUCACCACAAGGCAAAUCUAGCCCAGGCUAUGCCAGGCCAACUAUCUCUUACCAGAAGCAUGUGUGCACGCAGCCCCAGGAUGAUGGCUACUCACUGAUCCUGCACUCUGAGCACACAGCCCAAAGUCUGCUGGAGGAGUCGGAGGAGACUUGCACUCUGCACUCCUCGCAGGAGGCCAGCUCCACCAAGGGCAGUCCAGCAAAGGCACAGCUGCGGCGCAGACCUUCGCAGACGGAGAAGCUGAGCUCUCGAGAUCAGGCGGAGGUCUGGACGGCCCUGCGGAAGGUCAGAGAGCGGCAGAACUUCCUGCGCAGCCCUCACUUCCAGCCCCUGAGUGGCCAGCGUGGGGGCAGCACUCUCAUCAUCCCAGAGCGGAGAGAGAAGGGGGCAGCAAAGGGCAGGAAAGCGAGGAAAAGAGCUCAGAUUUCACUCAGUAUCUCCUUCAGCAGCAGCCUUGAAGCCCCAGUGCCUGUUUUCAUAGCCAGCCCCCCUGUGGUCAUGUUCACCGACUACCAAGUUGGACAAGUCUAUGAGACCACUGUGGAGCUGCGAAACACAACUGCAGCCAGUCGUCGCAUACGUGUGAUCCCGCCCACCACUCCACACUUCUCUGUUGGUCUAGGCAGGUUCCCCGGGGAGGGGGCCACUGUGGCCCCUGGGCUGAGCUGCCAGUAUACAGUGCGUUUUGCCCCUGACUCCCUGGCAGACUACGAGGACUUCCUGGUGGUGGAGACGCAAUCGCCCUAUCCUCUCAUUGUGCCUGUGGAGGCCCACAUUCCCCCGCCGAUGCUGACAUUGCCCCCUGUUCUCGACUGCGGUUACUGUCUGGUGGGAGGGGUGAAGUUCAUGGAGCUGGAGUGCCGUAAUGAAGGACAGAGUGCCGGAAUGUUCUGCAUCAUGCCCAAGAACCAGUGGCCUGCUUCCAGCCUUCGGUCUGCAGUGAAGGCCGUGUUUGCAGAGCAAGCUCCAUUUGCCAUCGGCCCCUCUCUGUUCGCCCUGCUCCCUGGCCAGACUGCUGUUAUGGAGGUGUUUUUCUUGCCCACUGCUGCUGAAAGCUAUGCUCACAGCUUCACCAUCGUGUGUGACAACUGUCAGGUGAAGGAUUUCACCAUACAGGGUGUAGGCCAGCAGGUGGAGCUGGAGCUGGUGGAGGUGGAGGGUGAAGAGAAUCCCCCUGCGCUCGAGGAACUGCGAGAUCUCAGUGCCGACCACUUUGUGAGAUUUGAUGCGGCCAACCCACACUCCAAACUACAGAAGAGAGUUCUCAUCAAGAACAAGACGUAUUUGGAGCUGCCGUUCCACUGGCAGAUUGUGAAGCCUAGCCUGCAGUCUCUACUGCCUGGGGAGGCUCCAGUUAUCUCUUGCAUUCAGCAUCACGUUGCCACUGACAACGCCUUCAGCAUCAGUCCUGUGAUGGGCCUGCUGACCCCUGAGCAAGUUCAGGAAUUUCAGCUUUCAUACCACCCACAGGAGUUGUUAGAUUAUCACAGUGUCUGUCAGUUGGUGAUAAUGGAAGUACCAGACCUGCUUAAGACUAGUGACGAUGGUGAAAUUCAGCAGCUUGAUAUGCUGUCCAGGAUGAGUGAUGUGGUAGUGAUGGAGAUGGAUUUGAAGGGGUCCACCCUGCCCUAUAAGAUCCUGCUGGAACCAUAUGCCCUCCUCAUACCAGGAGAGACGUACAUACACACCACCAUCCGCAAGCCCUUCAAAAUGUGGAAUCAUAGCAAGUCACCGAUUCGGUUUGAUUGGGAGCGCGUUACUGACUGCCAUGUUAUUGAGGUGGAGCCUUCAUCAGGUGAAAUAGAAGUAUUUGAGUGUGUGGGUGUAGUUCUGGUGCUGAGGGGGUGCCAGCCAGGUUGCCUCUCCACCACGCUGCUGUGUCACAUACAGCACCACCCAACUCCUGUACGCUUGGCCAUCGAGGCCACUUUUAAGGGGCCACACCUCUCCCUAAGCAUGCCCAGUGUGGACCUAGGUCUGCUGGAGCUGGGGCAGGAUGUCAGCUCCACCCUCCAGAUCAGCAACACCAGCCCUGUGGAGGCCUGUUGGUGCCUGCAGGAGGUGUCUGAGGACACAGCCAGACAGGGACAAGUGAGGGUAGAACCUAGGCAGGGUGUGUUGGCCCCUCUGGCGUCCUGCAGCGUGGACGUGCUUUUCCAAGCUGUGUGCUGUCAGAGCUUCGAGACUGUGCUGGAGCUCUCUGUGCUGGAUGGCACUGGAUGUCACCUGUCUUUGCAGGCAGAUGUUCAGUCUCCUCAGGUGUGUUUGUUGAACUGUAAGCUGGAGCUGCCUAAUCUUUAUGUAGGAGUUGCACAGAGGGCCAGCACUACUCUCUUCAACCAGACUCUGCUCCCAGCACUCUUCACCUGGACCAAGCUCCAGGGCCCACAUGCUCAUCUCUACUCAGCCAGCUUCACACCACCUUCUGGCACUCUGGGGCCAAACACACAAAUGGAGAUCAGCAUAUCCUUUACAGCACACACCGAUGAAGCGUUAUCUGAUGUAGUUGCUCUCUGUGAGGUGGAGGGGAUGGAGAGGCCCUUAGUGCUGGGUUUCUGUGCCAGAGCCAAGCACCUCAGUGUUUCCUACUCUCUGCCUGACACACACUGUGCUGGUUCAGGUGGCACUAAUCAACAGCCAGUUCUGCUGGACUUCACCGGACCGGAGGCAGUCCUUAUUGGUCAGUCAGCCUCACGACAGCUGGUGAUAACCAAUCAUACAGCAAUUCCAGCCCCUUUCGCCAUGGAGGCAAAGGUUUUCAAUGGGCACUGCCCCUUACAAUCAGUCAAAAGUUCUCGACAUAGACGUGCUGCUGUGAGAAUGCCACUCCACGCAAUGCAAGCGAAGAAAAUCCAAGAUGCAGAGUACGAGGGCUUCGUCAGCGGUCUUCUCACCCAUGGGAAAGGAGCGGCUUUCCUCGCAGAGCCCCACACCGGGAUGCUCGGGCCGUUUGAGACAGAAACCAUCAGCAUCACUGCGUUCAACAACAUGUGGGGCAACUAUCAAGACCACCUGAUCUGUAAAGUUGGUGAUCUGGAUCCGACACUCAUUCCAAUGAGGCUAUCUGUGAGAGGCUGUCCUAUCUACUUCCAGAUGAUUGGACAGCAGCCUUACAAUCAGAACCAAGGACCAAUCAUACGAUUUGGCUCUCACGUUUCAGGAGGAGAUACAGUGUCUCGCCCACUCCGCUUGAAUAACAUCAGUCCAUAUGAUAUCCGUAUUGACUGGCUGACCCACAACAAGGAGACUGCAGACAGGAAGUUGAUUGACUUAAUGGUGUCAUACGGCGAACCCUUUCCCCUUAGAGACACAGAUGGAAACGAGGUUGUCAGGGGGCUGGGCUCUAGUGCGGCACUGGCACCCACACAGCAUCGAUGCCACACGCCCAGCACGGCUGGCAGCGGCUCAUCUCUCAAGACCAAAUCAAGGGGGUCGGACCAUGAGGAAAUGCAUUGUUAUGAACAGGAGAGAGAUGCUCUGGUAUCAUGGGCUCCGGCGAGGAAGCUUUUAUCUGUGUGUAUUCAACCUCAUGAAGGAACUGUGGCUGAUUACCCAUACUGCAUCACUCCCCAGCAGAUAGUAGUCCCAGCAGGGGGCAGUAGCACCAUCCAUGUCUCUUUUACCCCUAUUACACUGCUUGAUCCAACUAGUGAGCACACGUGCGUUGGCUACGCUUUCGGCUUCAUGUCACUGGACUCGAAGGCGGCAGAAGAGCUUCUGGGUAAUGUGUCUCGAGCUCAAGGCCAUGAGCUGGAACCCUUGAGACUAGACCUGCAGGCGCAUGUUAAACCAGCCACUGUGACGGUGCAGAUGGGCGAGGAUGAAGAGGUGCUGCAGUUCUUUGCAGCUGCCAGCGAUUUACUCGAUGGAGACACACUCAGACAGGAAUGUAUAUUGGAGCGGACGCUGCAGCUGGGUAACGGUACUGACAUGCCUCUGAGCAUCAGGCUGCUUGUGCAGCCACCAUUCUCCGUGAUGCUGCCCAGCCAAGACAACGCCCACACGGCCAGUUCCAGCCCCCGGUUCCACCCACACAGACCGCCGGGCUCAGCCGAGAGGCCCGCAACACUGCUGCUGCAGCCCAAACGCAACAUGAGGGUAAAGGUGGCCUUCCAUCUUUCAGCAUCCAUCCUGACCUAUCAGAACCGGCCUCUGGAGGAAGUCCCACCCUCUGUGACCCUGCUGUGCAGCGAGGAACGAGGAGGAGGAAGGAUGUGCUUUGAGCAGAGCCUGACCAUCCAGUACAGCAACAACACAGCGCAGACUGUACCCAUGGCCGCUUACCUGGGGCUACCCAUGCUGCACCUGUCCUGUGGCAGCGUAGACUUUGGCACCUGCUAUGUGGGUCAGACCAGAGUCAGAGAAGUGUACCUCUCUAACCAAGGCUCCUCCGGCAGUGCCUGGACAGCACUGAUUGAUGCUGGUGAGGGCAGCGAUGCGUUCAGAGUAACUCCGCAGCGAGGCACGUUAACGUCACCAGAGUACUCUUACUCUGCCUGUAGACAAGCCCUGGAGAUCAGCUUCACAGCCAGUGCCCAGAGGGCAUUCCAGGCUACGGUUAUCGUGCAGGGGAUUCUGGGAGAAUCUCGUCUAAACCUGCAUGUUCAAGGGAUGGGAUCCUUCGAUGAGAGAUACGCAUUAUUGACACCAGAUUCCUGAUA